UGGCCAAUGGUUUACACCAACAUUUCCAUGAUCAUGAACCAGUUAGCACCUCUCCAUUGGGACCCACAAUCCCAUGCCAAAUGGUAUGACAUGCUAGUUAGUGUUGGUAAUUAUUCUGAAUGCAUUCUUGAUGUUCCCUCCCUCAGUCUCCAACUUGACUACCAUCCUGGUACUGUUGUAGCCUUUUCUGGCCAGCUUCUGUGGCAUGGCAUGAAUGAAGUCAGCAGCAACUAUUGCUCACUGGCAUUCUACAUGUGUGACAAUAUUCAUAACUGGCUUGGAGUCCCUAGAGGUGACUGGAUGCAAGUUCCAUUGGUGCAGCAGGCUUUAUUUGCCAUGUAG